AUGGAUUUCACUCUCUUCCCCCGUCAUGACGACGAUGACAUGGACAUGGACAUGGGAAGUAUGGGCACAAGCAGCGGCGUGCCAGGAUAUUUCUACAUGCAGAAAAUGUUCUGGGCUGUCAUCGGAGCCGUCAUUGGCUUUGCUGCUCUUCUGAACCUGCUCGACCACAUUCUGCUUUGGCAGCGACAGCGAAGUCUCAACGCCAAACCGAAAUCCUUCAUCUGGUCAUUCUACGCCACGAUGACGGCGGUGGGUCGUGAAAUCAACGGCGCCUCAAUGCCGACGUACCAGUUCAAAAGCCUGAAACUGCGGGCCCCUUCGUUGGGCAAGACCGUCAUGGUCCUCUCCUAUCUCAUCACAGUCCUUGUGUUUUGCUUCUACAAGUACGACACGGGAGACCAGUGGAGUUGGGAAAACAUCGCCUAUCGAUGCGGCUGCAUCGCCCAAGCCCAGCUUCCCCUUGUGUUCCUCUUGGCCGGCAAACAGAACAUUGUCGGGUUUUUAUCGGGCAUCAGUUACGAGCGACUGAACUGGCUGCAUCGAUGGGUGUCACGUAUUUUAUGGUUGACCGCCACUUUCCAUUUGAUAUUCUGGUUUAGGAGUUGGGCAAGGUACGAUUACAUCAAGGUGAAACUAUCGACGGAUCAGAUGACUCAGACCGGCUUUGCUGCUUGGUGUAUCCUCACGGCCGUUAUGGCUACCUCGUUCGCUCCGAUGCGGCGGGUGAGCUAUGAGAUGUUCGUCGUUAUGCAUAUCAUUCUCUUCGCGGGGUUCAUUGGGGCCGUCAUGCUGCAUGUUGACUAUGGCAAGACAUAUGUCUGGGUCUGCGUCGGUUUGUUCUUUUUCGACCGAGUCCUACGAUUCGUGGUUACGCUUGUGGCCAAUCUAUCCUUCUUCCACCGUCAAUCACCAGGUCGAGGUCGGAUCUGGGCGAACAAAGCCACCCUCACACCCCUGCCAGGAGAUGUCACCCGGAUCACUAUUGACAACCCUGUGUUGAGAUGGACUCCUGGACAACAUGUCUUUCUGGCUUGCCACACUGUGGUACCGCUUCAGAGUCAUCCUUUCAGUAUAGCAUCAUUGGAGUCAGACAACAAGUUGGAGUUUAUCGUCCAAGCUCGCAAAGGGGGUACGCGACGGUUUCACCGCUUUGCCUCGAAGAAUUCGAGCCUACCUGCUCAUUCUGGGGUUGGAGGGGCAAGACAGCAGCUUGCUGCAGUCGAGGGCCCUUACGGGAAAAUCCGGCCACUACGACAAUUUGACAGCAUUUGUCUCAUCGCGGGCGGCACUGGAGCUACCUUUACUGUCCCUCUGAUGAGGGAUAUCGUACAAAGAUGGAAAGCCAGCAUUGAUGGGACUCUUGCAAUUGUGACACGAAAAGUGCGUUUCGUAUGGGUGGUAAAAUCGCAGGAUCGUGUGGGAUGGUUCAAAGAUCAACUGGAAAGCGUGCUUCUGGAUGUGCAAAGGAUUCGGCAGAUUGAUAGAUACACCGAAAAGGAGGUUGAUCUGAGCAUUUACGUCACUUGCGACGAGGAGCUCGAGGCAUCGAACACUGAUGGCGUCUGUCAGCCAGCAGCUCGAGGAGUUGUCCAGCUUAGCGAUAGACGCUCUUCCGAGGCCGGGGUCGAUGGCUCCCUGACGAAAAAGACCUUGGAUGAAAAGGUCGAGGUAAGAUCGAUAGCAUCCGCUGAUGCUAACAACGACGGCUGUGGGCCAGACGGCACUUGCUGUUGCAAAACGGCUGUUGAUGAGGAUGGGAUGCCGGCCAAGUGCUGCUGCUGUGGGCCCUCAUCAAGCUCGCUCUCCUCGUCUUCUUCAAUCAAGGAGAAGACCUUGGAGGCUCUAUCCACCAGACCGGCCGAGCCCCGGCCACAGUUGAAGCUGGUCGCCGGCAGACCAAAACCUCGGAACAUCAUUCGAAAAGUACUGGAAGAAGCCGAGGGCGAGAGUGCAGUAGUUGUCUGCGGCCCUCAAGGACUACAAGAUGAUGUGCGUCGGAGCGUCGUGGCGUUAAGUGACGAACGUGCCGUCCACAAAGGUACAGGGGCCCAGGGUAUAUAUCUGCACGUCGAAGGCUUCUCCUAUUAG